GUCCGUAGGAACGGCACCAACAAAACUUUAACCACUUCAAUGGCUUCCUAGCCACUGCUGAGAGCUGGCUGCACCUCCAGCACCAUCGUCAAUUUAAUAACUUUUUUAUUUUCAGUGCUUGAAACCGAUGUUAUAGGCGCGCGGAUUAUAUCUACUUCUUGCUAAUUGUGGAUUUGCACAAAUAUAAUUUAAGAUCCGACUGGUAUGCAGCACGUUUUGGCGAGAAGUGGUUAAAUUAGUGUCUUGUCUAGCGACUUGUAACCCCCCUCUUCUCUCUCGGCGCUGGUUUCGUCUGGCUCGCCCCCAGUUGCUGCAUUUGUCCCGGGAUGACCUGUUGAUGUCUGUAACGUUAAAGAUGGAGUAUGAAGGGGGAGCGACACCCCCGCCCCCAUCCCAAAAUAUUUAAAUAAAAAAUAUUUAUACGGAUAUAUAGCUAUCCGAUGCACGACCAGAUUUGAGAUUUAUAUGUACUGAAUACGUUUAAAACAUCUGUAAUAAUCGACAGCUUGCUAGAUAGAGAGGUGCCGGGCGUAGCGCCAUGGCUCAGACGCUGCAGAUGGCCAUCCCCAACUUCGGCAACAGCGUGCUGGAGUGUCUGAACGAGCAGCGGCUGCAGGGCCUGUACUGCGACGUGUCGGUGGUGGUCAAGGGCCACGCCUUCAAGGCCCACCGCGCCGUGCUGGCGGCCAGCAGCUCCUACUUCCGGGACCUCUUCAACUCGGGGAGCAAGAGCGCGGUGGUGGAGCUGCCCCCGGCCGUGCAGCCGCAGAGCUUCCAGCAGAUCCUGUCCUUCUGCUACACGGGCCGGCUCAGCAUGAACGUGGGCGACCAGUUCCUGCUCAUGUACACGGCCGGCUUCCUGCAGAUCCAGCAGAUCAUGGAGAAGGGCACCGAGUUCUUCCUCAAGGUCAGCUCCCCCAGCUGCGACUCGCAGGGGCUGCACGCCGAGGAGACCCCGCCCUCCGAGCCCCAGAGCCCCGUCACGCAGACCUCCGGGGGCGGGGCUGGGGGCGCGGGGGCGGCGGGAGGGGCCGCCACGGGGGCCGGCCGCCCCGCCUCCUGCCUGACCCCGCUCCCCCUGGUGUCCCGCGUCAAGAUGGAGCAGCAGGAGGGCUCUUCUUACUCGGUGGUCUGCACCCCCGUGGCCAAGAGACUGUGGGAGGGGGGCAGCCGGGAGGGGGGCGGAGGCUCGGGCGGGGGAGGGGGCGGGGGCAUGCGCAAGGCCGCCCGCUUCUCGCAGGAGUCGGCCAGGGGCAGCGCCAUUCAGCCGCAGGGCGGGGCAGGGGGCGCCCACGGAGGCGGGGGCACCAACGGGAACAGCAACAACGCCACCUCUGAGAGCACCAGCCCCGGCAACCUGAGCGCCUACACCAGCGACUCCCCCACCUCCUUCCACGACGACGAGGAGGAGGAGGAGGUCCCCGACGACGGCACAGAGGAGCAGUACCGGCAGAUCUGCAACAUGUACACCAUGUACAGCAUGCUCAACGUGGGGGCGGCAGCGGCCGGCGAGCGCGUGGACGCCCUGCCUGAUCACAUGACCUCGGACACCCGGGGGAGGAUGCGCGUGCGGCAGGAACUGGCCUCGCUGCCCGCCGAGCUCAUCACCCAGAUCGGCAACCGCUGCCACCCUAAACUGUACGAGGAGGGAGACCCCGCGGAGAAGCUGGAGCUAGUCUCAGGCACCAGCGUCUUCAUCACUCGAGCCCAGCUGAUGAACUGUCACGUGAGCGCAGGGACUCGACACAAAGUACUACUGAGGAGAUUGUUGGCGUCUUUCUUCGACAGGAACACGCUGGCUAACAGCUGCGGCACAGGGAUCCGCUCCUCCACCAACGACCCGAGCCGCAAGCCGCUGGACAGCAGAGUGCUGCACGCAGUCAAGUUCUACUGUCAGAACUUCGCCACGAGCUUCAAGGAGAGCGAGAUGAACGCCAUCGCGGCGGACAUGUGCACCAACGCGCGGCGCGUGGUGCGGAAGAGCUGGAUCCCCAAGCUGAAGCUGCUGAUGGCGGAGGGCGACGCCUACUCCAGCUUCCUGCCCGACACGGUCAAGAUGGAGGCGGACGGGAUGGGCGGGGAGCAUGGGUUCGAGGCGGGGGGCUUGGAGGCGGCGGCUUCUGCGGAGGCGGGGGCCUCCAACGAGUCUCUGCAGGGAGUGGGUGGAGACGGCAGCACUUUGUUUUAGUAAGUGACCCUCCCCCCCCUCCCCCUCCCCCUCCCACUUUCCUGUGUACACACCCCAUCUCCCAUAGCACCCCAUCCCUACCCCCACCCAAAGCCAAUCAUGUGACCCGGAGUUGAGAUGUCCCUGCUUGGGGGGGAGGGGAGUGGGUGGGAUGAUGGGUGAUGAUGUUUAUUUUAAAACAGAGGUAGAGAUUAACCCACCCCUUGAGCAGAGUCUGCGGCCCCCCCCCCCCCGCCCCCCUCCAGGCCGGCUUAUAAAGCGGGUCCAUUCUGCGCAGUGCUUGGGGGGGUCGGUUAGCCCCCUCAGAGGUGCUUGUCGGCCCUUCCCCUCUCCAAAUCGACAGAACACAUUCCCUUACGAGAGGGUGGGGCCCGACGGGUGGGCGGGAGGGGCCAUGGGAGGGGCCAGCGGGGGGAAGGGGGCGGGGCCAGCAUGUAUGAUAAACACUGUCCUGAUUUUGAAUGUAUCGGCGUACGGCUGCGAUGUGGGAUUGUAUUCUGCCCUCUGCUGAGCAACACUAGAGAGGCCAGGGGCUCCAGGAGCCCCGCUGGCCGUAUGCCCUACAGAGCUGGGUGGAUCCAUCUGUCAGUCUGUCUGUCAGUCACUCUCUCUGUCUGUCAGAAAGAAUUCCCAAACCCCCCUGACCUCUCCCUCCCCACCACCCAAGUUCACGUAUCGACCACAAAAUUGACCAUUUUUUCUUAAGUUUGAUUAUAAUUUUUUUUUUUUGGUUUUUGUUUAAUUUUCUUUCUUUUUUUUCCUUUAAAAAUUUUUUAAAAAACAUUUGUGCUUAUUUCUUUGUAUGUAACAUUGCCAUGGAUUCCAGGAGAGAGUAGAGGUUACUGAAGACUGUAAAGAAACGGGACGGAAAAAGACUGACAUAUUUUUAAAAUAUAUUUAACUAUAUACAUAUAUAUUUUAUGUGUAUAGAGGGGUAAAAAAUAGAGGGAUUGUUUUAAAAUCUCGUUUUCGGACUGAAAUGUUUUGUGAAGUUUUAUUCCCACUAAAGAAUUUAAGUGAGUGACAAAAGGCAAAUAUUUUUGCAUUAGCAAAACAUAUCCAAAUAUUUUUGUUUUGAUCUUUUUUUUUUUUGUUGUUGGAUGCAUGCGUGUGUUUCAGAGAGGGAAAGGGAAAGUGUGUGCGUGCGUGAGAGAGAGAGAGAGUAGGCAGAUGUUUGAAGACAUGCCUCAUUUCACUGUGCGAUUCCAUUUUGGGUGGGCUCAGGGGUGUCCCCAGAACGCUGUCCCAGGGGUUACCAAGAGACCCGGGACACAGACGAACCCGGGGGGG